AUGGAUCUUGCUGCAACUCGUGGCAGAGCUGGUUCUAAGUUUAAGCCAAAGUUUAGACCACGGUUGAGGAAACACACUUCAGUUUCAACAUCCCAAACACUCUCUAAUGAUGCCAACGAAAAACUUUCAACACAAUCCUCGGUUGCAAACGCCGUAUCAGAAAACCUGGAGAAACAAAGAUGUGAUGACAAAGAAACGCAUGAUUGCUCUAUUCAGGAAGAAGAAGAUCGUCUGAACAUGGAAAGAUGUAAAACUGUACAAGAGGGCAUCACUCCAUGUGGUACGUGCUACUUGCUUUAUUCUGUGCCUCUAGGGAAUCAUACUGAAAAGCUCCAACCAAAGCCAAGACUCCAUGGAAAUGUGAUUGAAGAACAGAAUCACAGUGUGCACAAAGAUGCAUGUGAGCCAAGAAAUGAAGCUGUCGAUACGAAAGCUAACAUUUCUGCAGAUCUACAAGAAGAUAUCUUUCCCCGAGUUCCCCAAGAAACGGUUCCUGAGAUGGCUACCGGAAACUCUUCUCGUGAAUGGGAACACGAGAAACGGGUUGAUGAAUCUGCUAGUAACAACACUGCUGCAGGAGAAGACGAUUGCCUUGUAGAUGAAAAGUCUGGAAGAGAAAGAAAUGUGCGGAAGUCGACGAGAGCUGCAGCAGAGAGAAGUAGAGCUGCUCAGAAGCGGGACAAACCCAGUGGAGAACCAAAUCGGUGUAGUGAAGAACCGCAGAAGAAGAAGAAGAAGAAGAAGUUCAAGCAUUCUACUCGUCGACAGAAGAGAACAUUGGAGAAGGAGUUACUUGAAGUACCUGAUGAAGAAAUCCGAUUCUUGCCUAUUAAAGACUUGCUCCGGCUUGUUGAUUAUAAAGAAUGGUUAGAGGAAAAGAAAUCAAGAGGACAAGGAUCUAAGGCCCAAGAAAGUACUAGCAAAGCAUCUGAUAACCAGUAUUCUCAAGAUGACACGGAGAAGUUCGAUUAUUAUGAGUUCAAAGAUGAAGAAACUAGCAGAGUUAAACCGGACUCACCGGUUAACUAUCAAACCUUCUCGCAAAGGACUGCCCGAUCACGUUGGUCAAAACAGGACACUGAACUGUUUUAUGAGGGAAUUCGCGAGUUUGGGAGUAAUCUCUCGAUGGUGCAAAAAUUGUUUCCAAACAUAUCGCGUCAACAAAUGAAGCUAAAAUACAAGUUGGAAGAACGUAAACAUCCGUUUAAGCUGAAUGAUGCUCUUGCAAGUCGCCCAAAACAUCAUACUCAUCACAAGAACUUGAUUAAAAAGUUACAACAUGAGGCUGCUGCUCGGGAAGCUAAAGAAGAAGAAGCUGAAACUGCGGGUGAGGCUGCAGAAGCAGAGGCAAAGACAAAUGAUGUUCCUGAGAAUAAGGAGACGGAGAGAGCUGGUGUUGCUGAGCCUGAAGUUAACGAAUCGGACGGUGCAGAAGCCGAGAGCGAUCAGACAUCCAACGGUAAAGAUGAUGAUGAUUACUGGGACUCUUAUAGGAGUGAGAUGUAG